AAACGAACGAAUCGGAAUUGCACGCGCUCCUUGAAUCGAAUUUAGAUCGCCUUCAGGUUACAUAAGUUGGACAGCGACCAUGACAACUACCUAUGUGACCACGGGCCAGGUGCCCGUCCAGCAGACCACGUUCAUCACAACGGGUCCACAGCAGACUCAAACCACAUACAUCACCACCGGUCGACCACAGCCACCACCUCCACCGGUAGUGGUGGUCACAGCUCCCACCACUGGACGCUGGGCCACAGCAGCUCAAACCCAAUCCGGAACAGCUGCUUGUUUCCUCUUUGUUUAUGCCGGAAUGGACAUGGCCCAAAGCCUGGGCUGGAGCUCUCUAUUCACCGUCUCAACACUUGAGUUCCAGUAUAGUUGGUUCGUUGGUGUCAUCAUUGGAGCUGUGGUCUCCGCCGUAACAUCUUCUUUUCUGCCCAAAAUGGUUUUCUAUGGCCUUGGUGGUGUAAUGAAUCUGAUUGAUGCCAUUAUUUUUGUGAGUGCUCCGUACGAGUAUGAAUCCAUACUGGCUGCUCGCUAUGUAGGGGGAGUGGGCAUCGGCCUGAUCACCGUACCCUUCCUCAUCCAUAGCGCAGAGAUUGCCUCGAGCAGCAAUCGUGGUUCCUGCAGUGCCAUGGAGCAGUAUGGUCUCGCCCUAGGUGUUGCCAUCCAGGUGAUCUAUGACUCCCAGUGGACGCAGAGCUUGGACAUGACUGUGAAUCGAGUGCACGGCAUCUUUGGCAUUGUCUUUACGGCAAUUGCUCUGGGUAGCUUGGCGGUUUCGACGGAAUCACCGAUCUUCUACAUCCGUCAGAAUCAGGAGCAGAAGGCACGAGCCAGUCUGAAGCGACUGAUGGGUGGCUAUUGGACGCAGGAAAGUGGCGAACGGGCCUACAAUGAGGCGAAGCUGUAUGUGGUGGAGGGCAGCAGUCAGGGAGUUGGCGAACAGCUGGGCGAAUCCCUGAUGCCCUUCCUCAAACUGUUGCUUUUCCGUUGCUUUGUGGCCUUCUCCUUCUCGCUGCCACUCUCCUUGUCCAUGCUGAGCAGUACCUACGAGGUGGAGAACACCACCAUCGCCUGGCCACCGGUUAUCUUUGGCAUCCUUCGCCUCAUCGGAGCUCUGAUCACCAUUGGCGUGCUGGAUCCGGUGGGCAGGAAGUUUGUCUCUCUGCUGGGACUCAUGUGCAUGGCCGGAUUGAUGCUGGGCAUGGCUGGUGUUUACGGAGACUACUCUAACAUCGCCGAUCUCUACUUUAUGUGGCAAGUGUGCCGCCUGGGCAUGGCCUUCCAAUUCUUUGCCGGACUCUUCAUCUGCAGCAGCUCCGUUUAUCUGGGAGAGGCCUUCCCCAUGCGUGUUAAACCCUUCUUGAUUGGCCUGAUUGUGUGUCUGGAGCAGGUUAUUCACAUAAUUGUAAUUGUUACAUUCAAUGUGGGCGCCAACCACUUCUAUAGUUACUUUGUGGCCGUGGGCAUUAUCCUGGUAGUGGGUCUGGUGGCCUUUGCUGUGGUUAUGCCAGAGACCCGAGGCAUGACACUGCGCCAGGCGGGUGAGCGAUUCCGAAGGGUUCACGAUGUGAUGGCCUACUAA